GUGUUACUGUAGGUCAAGGGAUGAUCUCUAUUUGAAGAAUGUAGGUUGAGACCUGUGUUGAGCUACUGGUUCCUGUCAAUUUCAUACAAAAGGGUAUUUCUUUUUCACCUGUGAUCGUGUUAAAGUAAGUAUCAGUUUCCACGGACUGCAUGAGGUACCCAUAAAUUCCAACCGUCAUGCCAUUAUUUCACUCAACUGCCUUCUACUAUUUCCUCCUGAUCACUCAACUGAAGCUUCGGUUCUUUCAAUAUAUGCUCUCAGAAGUAAGAUUUGAAGAUGCUUUAGAAGCAAAAUGUCCUAGAAUGCUGAACUUCAAUGCACCACUCCUCUCAACAAGGCGUCCCAGAAACUCAAGGAGCACAAGAUUACAUGGCAGGUCACUGAGUGCGAGUGAAGAAAGAGUUCCCUUUUCGUGGGAACAAGCUCCUGGCAAGUCCAAGUAUCCAAACACAAGCGACGAUAACCAUGAUGGUGACACGCCCCGGCCAAAGCUGCCCCCGGGGUGGUGGCACUGGCACAAGCCUCUUGAAUCAACUAACGUUGUUGUUCUGGACAAAGAGAAUGAGCAGGCACUUCAUGACCAUGAUGAUGGAUGUGAUGCUGAUGUUGAUGAUGAUGUUCGCGCUGUUGACUACAAUUACGUUGAUGAUCCUGAUUUCGACGAUGAAGCCUUCUCCGAUGCCAUAGAUGUGUUCUCAUUGUCAGAGGCUAUAGACAUUGUGGAAAAGAAAGCACAAAGAGAACAUGAUCACUUAGAUGCUCUGAAGUUGAAGCUCGCGGAGUCCAGUGAGAUGAAUCAACUGUCUCCAAACUACAUAAUCGAGCGCUUUCUUCCAGACGCCGCUGCAUUGGCUGCAUCAUCUGCUAUAAAUCUAAGUGUAUCACAGAUCAGUUCAAAUCAGAAACUUUGUUAUCCGUGGAAUUACCCUGAACCGGAGGCUUGCGUGUCAAGAACAGUUGGGCAAUCUCACUCUUCACCUAAGGGUUGUGGUUUCUUCCCUUGGCGGAUGAAGCAGCACAAGCUCUGUGGUAUGAAGAGCCCUGUAGUGUGUUCACAACAACCUCAGUCUAGUGUAAAACACAAAAACCAUAGGUCAUAACUCAUAAGCAUAAGCUACAAGGUUUAAUAUUCCUUGAUGUAUAGAUUUGUAAGUCUCUCUUUGACUGUUGUGGUUUUUCUAUCUGUCAAAAGUUUGAUGUACAUUCAUUCUGCCUAUUGGAUUAUAGCCUAUAAAAGUGUCAUU